AUGUCGGUGGUGCGCUCCUUCGACUGUGGCGACAUCUCCUUCACCUCGGAUGGUCGCUGGCUUGCUGCAUCCUUGCGUGAUGGUGGCCUCCGCAUCUUCGAUCUCCCGGCUGCGCGCUGCAUCGACUCCUUUGUGUUCUCUCAGCCAGCUUUGGGGCUCUGCUUCAGCCAGAGCGGCGCCUUUCUGAUGACGACGCAUGCCAAGAACAAUGCCAUACAAGUGUGGGCCAACAAGUUCCUCUUCGAUCCCUCCCUGGCGGCUCCACUCCUCCGACCCGAGCCUGAGGCGCCGAUCAAUAUCGAGGAGCCAGGAUGUUCAGCGGAGGAGGACGAGGCAGCUCCAGCAGAAGAGGCGGAGGCAAAGACUGCCGAGUUGGCCUCAUCGACGGAGCCCUUGGAGACCAGUCUCCUGACUCUCUCUGACGUGCCCCCGGCGAAAGUCCUUGCUACGCUUCACUUGGACUUGGUCAAGGAGCGGAACAAGUUGGCCGAGCCGCCGAAACCACUGCCGAAUGCGCCCUUCUUCCUUCCCACCGCGCAUGAGGGCGUGACACCUCGCUUUGCCGCACCCUUGGGUGAAGAAGAGGGUGCCGAGGGAGAAGCCAAAGGAAAGGAGCUUCCCGGCCGGCCCUCCUUGCUGGAGACUCUCCAGGCAGAGGCGAAAAACGAGCUCUCAGAAGGGCUCCCGUUCCAGCGGUUGCUGCGAAAGCGGCUGUUCGACAAGGCAUUGCAGCAUCUGAAGGCGCAGACCCCAAGUGGCGUGCACCUUGCCAUUGAGGAGCUGGGACCCCUGGCCAAUGGAGACGUAGAUGAACUGCGAGCAGGUUUGGAGUUCUUCCAGCACCACAUGUCCAAAUCGCACUUUGCCGAUGAGGUCCAGGCCUACCUCUCACUCUUCUUGUCCGCCCACGGCGAGGAGAUCGCCGCGGCCGAGGAUCUCAGAUCCCUUUGCGCGCAGCUCGGCGCCACCCAGGUGUCAGAAAGCGCGAUGCUUUCUGGGAAUGCUGACGCAGACGCAAUCGCAAUGGUGCAGGGCGCUACGGUUGAGGUGGAGCUCUUGGCGGGUGAGGCCGAAGAGGCUUACUGGGAAGAGACGAACAGGAAGCUCAAAGAGGCCUGGGAGAAUCCAAAGCCCAAGGGCAAGGACAAGGGCAAGGACAAGGGCAAAGGAAAGGGCAAAGGCAAGGGUAAGGGAAAGAAAGGCGGCAAGCAUAAGCACAAGGAUGAGGAUUGA